CAUUCAAAGGCGACCGCGGAAGGAAGGCAAGCACGAACUGAACUGCCACGAGGAGGAUACCCCUGCUUUGACAGCUCACUGUCAAAUCCCACGCGCCACCGGCUGGCUCUCUCCAGAGAUCACACGUGCGGCUGCUCGGGGCUUAUCGUUAAAUAAAUGGACUUUCCUGCACGCGCUCAUUUACGUGUUUUACUCCAGAGACUAAAGUCGCGAGGCGUUUGGCCACCGGACGCCGCUGGGUGUCACAGAAUCUCUAUUGCCCGAUCGAGUGUUUUAUUCCCCAUACAUGAAUGCGCUCGAGUGGACGUUUGCUAUAGCCAAGGUUUUUGCGCACCGAGAAUGACGCGGAUCAAGGUGAUUCAAAAUUAGAUCUUUUGUCCUCCAGCCCCCCACCAUCUACCCCGUGGGGGGAACACGGAGGGGACCGAACAGCGAGGGGUAUUUUCAGACUCCACGGCGAGCUGUGCCACCUUACCACCACUCCCCACUACCGGAGUGCCAGGCACUGAAGGUGGAAUGCGUCUCCAGGUGCUUUGGGGGGUGUUGAGCGUCUGCGCCCUAGUUCUUGCUUUCUCACCUGUGUCGGAGGGCUGUGGACCAGGGAGGGGAUAUGGGAAGAGGCGUCCGCCGAAAAAACUCACACCCCUCAACCUGAAGCAGUUUAGUCCAAACGUGGCGGAGAAGACUCUGGGCGCAAGCGGCAGAUACGAAGGGAAAAUAACACGGAAUUCUGAGCGAUUUAAAGAACUGACUCCCAACUACAACCCCGACAUCAUCUUUAAAGAUGAGGAGAAUACGGGGGCGGAUCGCUUGAUGACACAGCGCUGCAAGGACAAGCUGAACGCACUGGCCAUCUCAGUGAUGAACAUGUGGCCCGGCGUGAACCUGCGUGUCACCGAGGGCUGGGACGAGGACGGCCACCACUCCGAGGACUCGCUGCACUACGAGGGCCGCGCUGUCGACAUCACCACCUCGGACCGCGACCGCAACAAGUACGCCAUGUUGGCCCGGCUGGCCGUGGAGGCCGGCUUCGACUGGGUCUACUACGAGAGCAAGGCGCACGUACACUGCAGCGUCAAGUCCGAACACUCCGUGGCGGCGAAGACGGGCGGCUGUUUCCCGGCCGAUGCCCUGGUGACCCUGGAGGGCGGUGCCACGCGGGCCAUGCGCGACCUCCGGCCCGGCGACCGCGUGCUGGCGUCGUCGGGCAGCGACGGCAGCGGGGAGCUGGUCUUCAGCGAGGUCGUGACCUUCCUGGACCGGCAGCCGCACGCCAAGAAGAGCUUUUACACGCUGCGCACAACAGGGGGCGCCAACCUCACGCUCACCGCCGCGCACCUGCUCUUCGUCACCGACUGCUCGCGACCGAGCGCGCUCAGAGAGGCCUUUGCCAGCGAUGUGCGGCCCGGACAGUGCGUCCUCACCACCACCACCUCCUCCUCCUCUACCGCCGCUUGGCACAAGCCUGAUAGAGAGAAUGAGGAAGAGGAGGAAGAACAGGAGGAUGGGGAGAGCUCUCCUGGAAGAGGGAGGGUGGUGGUGUUGGGUGAAAGGAGGCAGAGGAGGCCGCCGUUGUUGAGUCCGCAUAGGCCGCACCUGACGCGGGUGACGUGGGUGGAGGUGAGGGAGGCCACGGGUGCCUUCGCCCCCCUCACCCAGCACGGGACGCUGGUGGUGGACGGCGUGCUGGCGUCCUGCUACGCCGUGGUGGACCAGCAGUGGCUGGCACACUGGGCCCUCACCCCGCUCAGGCUGCUGCACGGCAUCGUGGGACAGUUUCGUGGGAUGGGCGUGGGCAUGUGGACUGGCACGGACACGGGGAGCGAGACGGACACAGGCACAGGCAUGCACUGGUACGCCUGGCUUCUGCACUGGGUGGGGGUCUUGCUGCUCGACCCCUCCCACUUCCACCCCUGGGGCAUGGCUGCGGACGGAUGAGGGGAAAAGUAGAAGAAGAACGGAUGGAUGGAUGGAUGGAUGGAUGGAGAGGAAGAGAGGAAGACAAGAAAAAGUGGUCCAGGCAAAGAAGAAAGGAGAGAAGAAAGGGUAGAAUGGGGAUGAAAGGACAAAAGAAAGGACAGGAACGCAAGGUCGAUACGAGAGAUAGCACACUGAGAGACUUACUGUAAAGACUCAGAGACAAUGAGGUGAUGGUCGAAAAGGUGAGACGCCAUAUCAGGCGGGAAGAUAAGUAGUCUUGCGAAACAUAAAACAAUGAGGUGGGUGGGGGUGGGGGGGCACUACAGGGCCAUUGUGUCACAAUGUGGUUAAAAAGGUGGACAAACACACCCCCUCAUCCCCUAUGCAUAUUGGACUAUGAGAGAUUACGUAGGUAAGGUCAGAGCCAUGGAAGUAAGAGUUGGGUUACUCCCCAUGGGGCCUUUGACACUCAGAUCGCCAUUGACAUAGUUCCAAAAUAGUUCCAGGAAGUGAGCCUCAAACACAGAAAGGACAGUAAAAGUAAAUGUAAAUCAUUUUUAUUAGUUUUUAUGUCAUCUUUGCUUGUUAUGUAGUGGUUCUGUGUUAGUCUCUAGCGAAAAGAAAGCUACUGCCUAGAAUUAUUUGAAUUUACACACUUCCUGUAGCUCGGUUGUCACAACUCUGAAUUCCAUGGCUCUGGAUAAGGUUGUACUGUUGCCCAAUCAGAACCCAGAUAGCAGUCUCAGGAAACACUUCUGACCUAGAUGUUAAAGGGACCCAGUUCGGGCCUGGUCAGGGCCACAACCAGGCCAGAGUUGGGCCAGACCUGCCCCAAAAAAUAGCGCUUAGGAUCUGGGCUGGGACUCAUAGAGGACAAGGGAGGGUCACAGGAGGUCCUGUUUACCAAAAAGCCAUUGAUGUUUGCUUGUUUGUUUAUUCAAUUUGUUUGUUCUGUAAAAGAGAGGUCAUCCAAUCAGCCGCUGACACUAACCAGGUCUGGCUAUUUGUGAUUGGUUGAGCUCUAGGGGUGGGGUGGGGUUAUCUGUAAUAUUCCGAAGCCCAUGUUUCCAUGGUUAUGGAUCAGGGCUUCCAUUUAACUGUCUACACUGGAAGGAGAGUGCUUAUACAUAUGCACAC